AUGUCUAAAAAAUAUUUUAAUUCUCAACAAACAGUUAUUUGCGACUAUUGUGAAAGAAGUUUUGUAAACAAACAAAGCUUGAAAAAACAUAUAUCAUUACACACUUCCCAACAGAAUUUGCCUAGAAAAGAAGGGCUCACAUGCGAAAAGUGUAAUAUUGUAUUCAAGAACAGAGGCCUAUUGAUGUGUCAUAAUGUAAAGAUACAUGAACCAAAAAGUACAACACCGAAAAUUAUUGAAAACAAAUUCAGACAUAUAUGCCAAGCAUGUCAAAUAAACUUCUUCUACCUGAAGGACCUCAAGCAUCACAUAAGACAAUACCACUUCAAUCUCCUAUCUCACAUACCGUACUGCCACUUCAAGAAGGUAAACCAAGUCUGGUUCGAGAAGGUAUUAAACUCAAAAAAUAUAGUAGAAAUUAAAAAAGUUGCUCAAAAUAUGCUGUUGAUGAGGAAACUAGAUGACAAUACAGCUAUGAAGAUAGACACGAAUGAAUUCGACAUGGUGCUCUGUUUAAUUUGCAAAUGGAUGGUAAAUAAAUGUAUGAAGUUUAUCGCACAAGUGCAGAGAGCAAGCCAGGUGUUGAAUCAGAUUUCUGUAAAGGACUCAAAAUCAUUUCUACAAAUUCAAUUAAAUAAUUACGAUAUUAGAACUACAGCGCCUGCUAUAAUCCACGUAGGUCCAGAAGCGGACAUAGAAAAUGAAACAGAAGAGUAUACUGCAGAUGAUAAUCUAGAAGAUGAUGAUGAGAUACCGUUAGUGAUGUUACAAGACUUCAAAAGUAAGAAGAGAAAGAAUAGUGAAGAGUUACAGCUAAAGACAGAUACUGAUAUAAAACAAGAAAAAGAAAUAAAAAUUGAAUCUGACAGUCAAGAAGACAAGUCUUGUAACAAGAGAGGGAGAAAGAAGGAGAUGAGAGAAGGAUUUACAUCUAGAAUGAGACAAGAGACUGAUGAAUAUAUUGUUAUUAAGUUGUCUGCUGAUCAGGUGCGACAAGAGUUAAAGGAGAAAUCAAAAACAGAGUCCUACCUACGAGCUCCUUUCAAAUGUGAGAACUGUGUAAAAGGAUUUAACUUUGAAGAUGUGUUGCUAACCCACAUGGAGAAACAUAGAUUGGAACACGGGUCUUUCCAAUGCAACAUAUGCACACAGUAUUGUCCGAGUGUUGUUUCACUGCGGGGCCAUUUGAAGUCACAUACCACAAGGUACAAGUGCAAACUGUGCGGUCAAGUGCGUCUCUCCCGCCAGCACUUGUUGGAGCAUUACACCAUCAGCCACACAUCGGCUCCCAUCACUUACACCUGUGAUAAAUGCGACUUUACCACCAAUAAGCGCACAGUGAUCCAGCGCCACGUCCGGUCCCAACAUGGCGCCGGCGAGAGGCACCCGUGUCACACCUGUGGGAAGCUGUUUAACACUAUUGAGAGUCUCAGGGUGCAUAGUAUGCGUCACGACAAAUCGAAACGGCUCCACUGCGAUCGGUGCGACAAAUAUUUUAUAUAUCCGUCUCUUUUACACAAACACAUGCAGGCCGUGCACGAAAAGAGAGAGUACUAUUGUGUGGAGUGUGAUAUUAAAUUCAAAUCACCGGAAAGUAUGAGGCUGCAUUUCAAGAAAGCAAAAAGGCAUCGAGAUGAUUCAUCUUAUAAGCUCUCUCUUCAGGGUGAAAUAAACCGCACUUACUGUAAAUCCCUUAUCCCUGCCGUCUCCUCAAGGUACGAGUGCCCCCACUGCAGUGAGCGCUUCGUCUCCACGUCUACCCUGGCGGUGCACCUGAGCACCAGCCACGGGGAGGCCAAACAACACGUCUGCAACAUGUGUAACAACCACUACAGCAGCAAGGAGUCGCUAAGAGGUCAUAUAUGGAGGGUCCACAAUCAAAAGAAAGAGCCACUGGCUAGCUGUCAUCUGUGCGAGAAAAGUUUUACGCGAAAGAGUAUCCUGAAGAUCCACGUGAGAAGUCAUACAGGAGAAAGGCCAUACAUAUGCAGCUGUGGGGCUGCCUUUACUCAAAAAGCGAGCCUGAAGGUUCAUGCAGCCAGGCAUACGCAGAAAGAUCAUGUUCCAAGAAUUGAUGUCCAGAGUUUACCUCAAGAAAGUUGA